AUGACCAAAGGCUGCUAUACCUGUCGACGACGUCGCAUCAUCUGCGACAAUGGCCAACCCACCUGCCGGAAGUGUCGAGAUGCGGGGAAAGAAUGUCUGGGGUACCAGAAACCGCUUGUCUGGGUCAAGGGUGGUGUAGCUAGUCGAGGAAAGAUGAUGGGCCGCAGUUUUGAUGACGUGGAAAUCCCGUCUAACAAGCCAAAGCGCCAGCCAGCUACUGGGACGUCCAGCACAUAUGAUUCGCCUGCGACGAGCAGCGGUUUCGGCUUUUUCUCUAUCGCCGAAUCCUCAACCGAUGGGGAAUCGCAAAGCUCCGGGAGUCAACCUAGUCCGGAGACUGAUGGAUGGGCUUUUGAGAUGGAAACUCCAACAUUUGGGGGAGAAAUAGCGUACUUAGGGGUCAAUCCGGCCGAGGAACAGGACGCCGCAGUGGUCCAUGUUCCUCGAAGCACUCCUCCUGUCAACUAUACUCCAACGCCAUGGGGACUGGUAGAUCCACUGCUCAAAGAUCUCAGCCGUUUCUCAAGGUACUACGUACAUCACUACAAUCAAUAUAUGGUGAACGACUUUGCGCUUUACUCGCAACACAAAAAUCCCUUCCGUGAUCUUACUGCGCUGGUCAACCAUUCUCCUGUUCUUGCUAGCAGCAUCGCUGCUCUUGGAGCCCUUCAUUACUCUCUUGUAUCGGAGUCGGACUCAUCUGUCCUACCAUGGUCAUCCGGCAACCUUUCCAUGACGGAUUCAAACUUGUCAGCAGAGGAGAUUGAAGAUAUCGUUGCGCCAGCAAGUUCUCGAAAACCAACUUCGCAGGCAUAUCAUCAUUUCUUGGAGUACAAGCAGCGCGCCCUUCGCCAAUUGUCUAUGGACCUCAAUAACCCAGCGAUGCAGAAGGACGGCAGGACCAUAGCUGCCAUCGUCUUGCUUGCAUUCCUAGACAUUUUUGAAUCCGGCAGCGGGGCCUGGAGUUAUCAUAUCGAGGGCGCGAAGAAGCUUCUCAAGGACCGACCUGAAAAUGGUCCGGGACAAGGAAUCCUCGACGACCUGGACGCUUUUGCUCUUGACGGGUGUUUAAUAAUGGAAAUCAUGGGAUCAACACUAGCUCGCCCAGGCGCGCUCUCAAAGCCCUUCUACUCCUCAUCCAUGGACCCAGCAAUCCUCAAACGCCUCGAAGAAAACUCCUGGGUCGGAUGUCCCGCCUACCUCCUAGAAGUAAUCUUUUUUGUCCACGCCCUCUGGUACCCAGACCCGGAAGUCACCACCAUAACUCCCCAACCAACAGCGCUGCCAAACCCAAUUCAACCCGGCCAACCCCUCACCCUAGACUCGUUCGCAAGUCUCCUCCAAGGAAUCCGCAACUUCGACCCAAUAGCCUGGAGCCAAGAUAUGCAAAAGGUCUUCUUCCUCCCAAACCUAACCUACCGUCUCGCCCUCGCAACCUCCUACCAAGACGCCGUCUACCUCUACACAAGCCGCGUCCUCUCACGUCCCAGACAAGGCUUCUCACCCCCGUGGACAGACGUCGGCCUCCCACUGGACCACAGACUCAUCGCGACAAACCUCAUUACGCAAAUCUGCCUCAUCCCCCCUUCAGACUCGCACUUCAAAUGCCUCAUCUGGCCCACUUUCAUCGCUGGCGCGGAGUGUCGUCCUUCACAGCGGGCUCUUAUUCUUGACAAACUCCGCUCGCUUUAUGAGGCUCUGACGAGUGUUAAUGUGCGAAAUGCUGCGUGGGUUCUGCGUCUCAUGUGGCAGAAACAGGAUCUCAAGCGUCGUGAUCGGAAUGUUUUUGAUGAGCAGGACUAUGAUGAUAAUGAUUACGAUCUUGAGUUUGACUGGAUCGAGGAGCUGGAUCAUUCGCGCCUCGAUUGGUUGUUCAUUUAA